AUGGCAACAUUAAUACCAUCCCUGCGCCAUUUUGUCAAUAGGCCUCUGCUGAGGCUAUCGAAUCCCCAACGGAGAUGGGCUCGUGUACUCGAUGUCCGCUUCUUAGCGACCCAAAAUAGCCAAGAGAGCAUCCUCUCGAGGUAUCAGGAGAAGCUUCAUCAGAAGGCGAAGCAGGAAGGACUCAACGAUAUUGCGGAAUUGAAGGAGGCGUAUCGGGAAAAGAUAGAUGACGUUCGGAAACGGUCUCCUGCAGGUUUGGCCGCGUCAACGAAACCUUCCACGGUGUCCCCUGACAGCCUGUUUUCACCAUCAAGCAUCCCGAAGACUAGUGUCAGCAAAGGCGAUGGGCGAGCACAGGCAAAGUUGCCCCCCGGGGUGAAAGAACUCUCAUCCUAUCUCGACGUGGAGAAGACAAGAGAGCUUCCUGCAGAGCAAAUAUCGCAGAUCUGGAGGCUUCGCCAUGCUUCGAACGAGCGCUCACUGACGGCUGUUAUUGCAACCGAUACAUGGGAACAAAUGUUGGAAAAGGCGAAAAGACAUCCACAGUUCAUUCUCCCACUCCCUCGAUCGUCGGAUUCAGCAGACAAGGAUGCGCAAGAUCCGUCGCAAUCUCGCACAGCGGCGGAUAUGCAUUUCCUACAAUGGACGUUUCCUCAUGCAGACUCGACAAACAUCUUAUUUACACAUCUAGCCGAAUACAAACUUCGAGGAGAGUACAGCCAACCGCACACCACGGUCACUGUACACACAGAACUAGCGGAAUCGAAUGGAGUGGUGUUGGUCGUCGGGACUGUACUGGAUGAUCGAGGGGUGAGUGUCGAUGAAGGGAAGUGGCUUUUGAUGUGUAUGCAGAAAUUCUACGGGCUGCAAGGCGAAACACCGAAGCGCAAGCAGUUAUUGGAGCAGUUCACCAGCGGCGAUGUACGGUUUCGAGUGGAAGACCUCAUGGAACAGGUGGACCAGGUAUCCUGA